UUUUGGCUCUGAUGUGAUGGAAAAUGUGCUUGACGGCAUUACUGGAGGUCUAAGCUGUGUGGUUUAAGAACCGUCGUGCAAAAUGGCGGAAGCGAGAACGUAACGCGAUGAACGCCAUGAACGCGGCGGCGGACUUUAAGACUGGCUUCGGUAGUCAAUUCAACGGGCUGAUGCCUACGAUAGGGGAUGACUCCUUCUACUCCUAUUCCAGCUACAAUAACUGGGCUACCAAGGUGCCCAGCCCUUUAGGAACUAAACCAUUCUGGCCGGUAGUACCCUCAUCGCACCACCAAUCCCCAGUGAAUUGCUUCAAUACCACCGCAGCAGCUUCAAUGUCCGGCGGUGUAGGCAGCAUGCUCCCUGCCGCUAUGGGUGGCGUGAUGUCAGCAGGAGCGGGUGGUACCGGGGGUGGCCAACCGUGCCCCUAUACCCCUGCAGCAACCAACCCGUACUCGGUGUACCACCAUCGGGCGGCUGCUGCUGCCGCGGCAGGCGAACCGUGUUCAGCGGCCGCGAUGUCGUCCAGUAUCGCGUCGUUGAGGUUGAAGGCUAAGCAACAUUCUGGGGGGUUCGUUGGUUACUCAAGCGUGAGUCCAGUCCGGUCAAGUCCGGUGUCCGUUUCCUCAGCCGGCAUGAGUGGAGGGGGGCUGUCAGCCUGUCAAUAUGCUAUGAGCGGCAGUAACGGUGGCAUAGGAGUGGGAGAACGGCAUGGGUGAGACAGCGAUACGCCCCACGGGGCACACCACCAACACCACCUACAUCUACACCACCUGAAGCGCGAAGACCAGGAUGACGACACAUAAGGUGUUGUUCGGAACACCAAUGACGUUACUAUAUUGCCAAAAUGAGGUCACUUCCCGUGUUAUCUGUCAGAAUCGACGUCAUAUGGUAGCAAGCUGACGUCUUGUUAAAUGUCUUCUGUGUCCUGGGACACUCUGCUCACUUGAAGGAUUGAAGCCACCGCACAUAGGUUGGUGAAUGUUUUUUAUACUGUGAUCCGCAGUUAGACACUUCCAUCAUCAUGCCUACUAUAGGAAAGAUGCAAUAUUUAUGUUUUUAUUUUUACGGAUUUCAUCUAGCAGAACGUCUUAAUCCGAGGAAUCAUCUGAUCGCCUGAUAAAUCUAUUGCAGCUGCUAUAAUAAUGGAACAUAACCUCAAAUAUCUUGCCAUAAACAGGAAAUACGUGACUGGCGAUAAAUCGUGUAUCAAGCGUACGGUGUUCGAUCCUUCCUGCGUAACUUUUGACUGCUGUGUUAUUGAUCAAUAUCAUUGUUAGUUAAAAUAAAAGUAUUGCAAUGGUUUUCUUUCAUGAUUUUAGCAUUCAAUUCAAAAAAUUUCCAUAAGUAAUACCUUCACAACUUCCCAUUUCAUUAGAAAUAUGUUUGGUCUUCUCUAUACUUUUCCAUUUUAUGAUCUUGAAAAUAUUUAGUUGUCCAAAGCGUAAUCCUUUAAAUCAAGUAACUAAAAUUCUGUUUCCACAAACAGGAUGUCCGAUUCAGUCACUGCUUCAUUGCUAUUUUCGUAUUUCGUACUGAUUCUAGUUUUUGUAAGAAUAUUGCAGUUCUGCAAUAAAACUAAACAGAACGAAUGGAACAUAUCAAACUACUUAUCAUACUUUCCGGAACAACCGCCAUCUCGCGUUUCAACCAUUACGAAAACUUUUGUAUAAAUUGUAAAUAGUCUUAGAUUGGAUGUCGAAUGUAAAAUAUUGUUAGAUAGUAUGAAGUGAAUUUUGGAAAUGGAUGGAAGUUAGUAGAUUUUCAAUUGUGUAGAAAAAUGUAUAUCAAGCAGUCGGUAUCACUGUAUAACACAUAUCAGUUUUUAUGAAAAGCUUUUAUGUGUGUAAAUAAACUUUAUCAGCUGUCUUUUUUUCUGUUUAAAUUAUUUCAAUACAUAAUCAUUUUAUUCAGUCUACACAAGUGAACAAAUCGUCAGAAGGUUCAACAAGUGUAAUCCCAAUACAAUGGAAAUAAAUUACAGGAUGCAAUAAGAUAUCGAAUGUUUGAUAAUGGUAUCCUGGCACGUUUCGUAAUGAACAUUUAAUUCCAUUUAAAGGCUGUCAAUUUUCAAAAAUACUGUACAUUUACUACACGACGUAUCAAACUUUGUAAAUUACUGAAUUCAAUGAGUGUAUAUCAUUUACGUUACGAGACAUAUUCAAGCCAGGUUACCUGAUACCACAUAGCGCAUUUUAGAUAAAUAAAGCUGUUCGACAUUUUGAAAUGUGCUAUGAUGUCAUACUGCCAUUUGUUACUCACAAAUACCAAAUAGGUUUGAGAUAAUGUGUAGAAUCGUGCAUUAUCUUCGACUUUAGAGUACAAAGAGCUACGGUCAAUCGUGCCAAAUAUUGUUUCUUCCAAAGAUUUUCUUUUAGUUUAAUGUCAAUUUGAUGCUGUGGAAGAUUUACAAUAAGAGGGUACUAAAUACAGCCGAUUUCAAACCCAAUAUAUGCAAAAGAACAUAAUUAAUCAAGUAACUAAAUAAAUCUUCAACAUGGUUACCUACACGGAAAUAUGCGUUAAAUUAAAGAAAAAAAAUUAAAAUUAUAGUUUGGUUGUUGAGACGUAUUUUGACCCCCUUAUUGAUUUCUAGUACAAAGGCUAUAAUGUGCAAUGUAAGUUUAAUUUACCACGACGAUGAUGAUCGAAUGGGAGAAAAACUGUUGAUCGAUUAUUUAUGUAAGAUAUAUGAAAUAGAACGUUUAGUGAUACAAAAAACUAUUGUACCUAUUGUAAUUCAAUUAUACUCUGCAUAUCGUUUGUAACUGUUUGAAAAUCUUCAACCAUCUAGUCACAAUAAAAAAUAUCACGAAAAACGUUCGCUUCUUUUCAUAAAUCUC